GAUCUUUGCUAGACGCCAUCUUGGAUCAGGUGAAACAUUUCUCGUAGAAAUGCUCUCUUUUUCUCGUCAAGUUUUGCGGUUUUCUCGAAGACCGUUAGGAGUAACCUUGAGAAAAUGUCUGGCAACUGAAGCUGCUGAAGGUGGACCUGCUAUGGCUCUUACAUUCGGAUCGCCUUCUGAGUCUUUCUAUCACAAUGUAUCAGUGAAGCAAGUUGACGUUUCCACAUCUACUGGUAGCUUUGGUAUUCUACCUGAUCAUGUUCCUACACUCCAGACAAUACGGCCUGGUAUUCUAACUGUGUAUGAAGGAGGAUCAACCACAAAGUACUUUGUAAGCAGUGGUACUGUGACUGUUAAUAACGAUUCUACAGUUCAAAUCCUGGCUGAAGAAGCUCAUCCUUUAGAUCGAUUUGAUGAACAGUUGGUAAAUAAGCAACUAGAACAAGCCCAGCAGGAACUGUCAAGUGCUUCAUCAGAAGAGGACAAAGCAAAGGCAACUAUUGCUGUAGAAUGUGCAGAAGCAUUACUAAAAGCUUUACAUUGAUUGAUUGAUACUGGGGAUAGUCUUCUUCAAAGCCUGUUUUCGUAUUGGUCUUGCUGUGCACACAGGAAGCCCAUCAGUGUAACAGGCUGUGAGGGAGACUAUAAGGGAGUGUGUUUUGAUUGAGAAAUUGUAGUAAUUUUAUGGUGGAAGACAUGUUGGUGUCAUAUUUGGUAAUAGCUUGAUAUUACCACUACUUUGCUGGAAUAAACUUGUAAUUAAAUUGUUA